AUCUGAUCUGUGUUUCAUGUUUGUUGUUGGUUUGUAUUUAAUGUAUUUGUAUUUAUGUUUUAUUGUAUUUCAAAUUUCAACAGUCAACUUUUGAACGUGCCUCAGAUAAAAUCCAAUUAUUUUCAUUUUCAGGAUACCUUACUCAAUCCAUGUGCGUUUACGAAUCAUAUAUACCAUGACAGCCAAUAAUAAGUGGGAGGAGACGUCCACUAUAAAAUAUAGUACAAGAAGUAGAAAAGGCCACUAUCCCAAUAUUAUUCCAGAAACUAAUAAAUCCUCACCCUUGGAACUUUUCAAGAAAAAACCUAAACUACAGUUAUCUAGCAAUGCAAUUAUGGAAAAUAACAAAGAAACAGAGGGUGCAGUGAAAGAAGGAAAUGGCAAUGAUAGCAUGUUGAAGAUAAAUGAAAAUAUCCAAGAUAAUAAAGAUGAAACUACUAUUAAAGAAGAAAAGUUAUCUCCAAGUCCAUCUAAGAGAAGGCACAUCAAAAUAGAGUAUGAUAAUACUGAUCCUCCAAAUAGAUGGAGUGAAGUUUUAGGGAAUUUGAGGGAAAUGAGAAAAAAUUCUGAUGCACCUGUUGAUACCAUGGGAUGUGAUAAAUGUCAUGAUGAUAGUGUUGCUCCAAAUGUCAUUAGAUAUCAACUACUACUAUCACUCAUGUUGAGCAGUCAAACUAGGGACCAAGUCACACAUGCUGCUAUGCAAAGGCUGAGGGAUCAUGGAUGUACUGUUGAAAAUAUUCUUGCCACAUCUGAUCAAAAGUUAGGUGAACUUAUAUAUCCAGUUGGAUUUUGGAAGAGCAAAGUCAAAUACAUAAAGAAGUCCACUCAGAUUCUCAUAGAAGAGUAUGAGAGUGACAUACCAGAUACAGUUGAAAAAUUAUGUAAAUUGCCAGGAGUUGGCCCAAAAAUGGCACAUAUAUGUAUGAAAACAGCAUGGGGACAAGUUACUGGUAUAGGUGUUGAUACACAUGUUCAUAGGAUAUCAAACCGUUUAGGUUGGGCAAACACAAAAUCUCCUGAGGAAACUAGAAAAGCCUUGGAGAGCUGGCUACCUCAUGAGCUGUGGAGUGAGGUCAAUCAUCUCUUAGUAGGAUUUGGUCAGCAGAUAUGUCAACCAUUGAGACCUCAAUGUGCUACAUGUUUGAAUCAUGAAAUUUGUCCAUAUGGAGUGAAAUACAUCAAUGGAGAGUUGAAAGGAACCAAAUUCAAGAAAGGAAAAUGAAAUGUUUUACAUUCAGUGUUUUGUUUUACUGUGUAUAUUUUUAAGUUUAUUUACAUGUGCAUUGCACAAUUAUUCAAUCUACUUGGCAGAUUGAUGAAUACUUCUGAUACAGUCUUAAUUAAUAAAAUAUGUUUUUGCUCCUUUUAAUGAGAUCUACUUUUACCUACUUAUAGCAUAAUGCCUUCCUCUGGCUAUUUAUCAAGCAUAAAUUGAAAUAGAUCCAGGAAAAUUGAAGAUGAAUAAUAUUACAUGGUAUCUUGGACUUUCUUGUUGAAGUUCAAAAUGCCUAGUGGAGUAUCUCCCACUUCUUCAAUUUUACUAACACAUUUAUCAAGUAAUUUAUCAUGUACAUCAUCAAUACUUCCAGCAGCAUCUACUCUCUCCCAAUUGUCAUGUUCAUCACAUAGUUGGUCAUACAUAUUUGCCACUUCUCUUUGAAAUACAACAUUUUCAUACCUUUCACUACCAAAUCCUGGUCUACAUUGCAUUUCUUCUUGACUCAGAGUUAGUAGGAAGACUAAAUCAGGUUUUGGAAGACCAUUUUCAGGUUGUUUACACCACUCCAAGUUCAUAUCUGAAUGGAAAACCAUAAUUACACUCAAUAGGAGGAUGGAAUGCUCAUAAUUUACAC